CUUUGACUCUCACCACAUGGACAACCGGAUGGAGAGACCAACGUGCGUCGUUCGUGUUAGAGAGUUGACUGACGGUGUUGUUUUUAUUCUAAAAUAUCUCCAUUGUAUCAUCAAUUAAUCGAAAUGACUGAAAGCAAAGCAGAAACGGCCCCUAAGCCGGCCAAGGAACUGCUGGCUUUGAACCCCAAACAAGAGUCAGAGUUCAAAAAGAAGGUGCAGGAGGCGAAGAAGAACAAAUCCAGCAAGGGGGGCCGUUUGACCCCUGGAGUGGUUUAUGUCGGUCACCUUCCACGGGGGCUGUUCGAACCUCAGCUCAAAACUUACUUUGAACAGUUUGGGAAAGUCCUGAGGCUGCGGCUGUCCAGGAGUAAAAAGACAGGUGGAAGCAAAGGCUAUGCAUUUAUAGAGUUUGAUUGUGAUGAAGUGGCCAGAAUCGUUGCCGAGACCAUGAACAAUUACCUCAUGGGAGAGAGACUCCUCAAAUGUAACGUGAUUCCACCAGAGAAGGUGCAUGAGAUGCUGUUUGUUGGCUCCCAAAGAGAAUUUAAAAAGCCCUCACAUCCUGCUGUCGCAUGCUACAACAAGACACACACAGAAGAGCAGGUUACCAAGAUGAAAGACAAACUCCUGCGGAAAGAAGCAAAGCUUCGUAAGAGGCUUGCAGCUCACGGCAUCGACUACGACUUCCCUGGAUUUGCUGCCCAGGUGCCUCAGAAGAAAAAGUCCUCUGAUUCCAUGGAUGCGUCUACAUGUAGUAAUGAUACAACACCACUCUGCACCCCCUCUGUCCUAGAGAGGAGGAAGUCCAUGGUCACGGGUGACGAUGAUGCUGAUGAUGAAAUUAUCAUUAAGAUGCCUCCUGCAGACAAAGAUGAAGAGUGCUCCUCAGAGGAGGAGGAAGACGGUGACGAUGAGGAGGAUGAGGGUGAUGACUCAGAGAGUGAGGAACCCACUGCAAAGGAUGCAGAGGCAGAGUGAAACUGCUCUGUUUUAUUGUGGACUUGGUUCUCUGGCUGUCAGAGUUGCAUACAUCAGGCUUAUCUUUGAACGGUGUUCAGAAAUCACAGUGUAUCUUUCAGUAUGUGGCAAUCACAUUACAUUUGAGAAAGACACUUGUAUGAAAGAUUCCACCAAAAAUUGUUGGUAUUACCUUAGUGAGUACCAUGGAUGGUGCUUGCAAAAUCAUCAGUGAGCCUGAUUUAUGGGCAACAUUUGUGGCUGGACUUCUUUGACAAUGGCAAAUGUGCAUUUCAGUCUUGAAGCAGGCUGUUUCCUUUGCCAUGCAGGGCCAUAAUGUUGAUACAAAACAGACAGCAACACUUUCUUUUUUUUGCUUUAUGCACACUUGUCUAAAAGCGUGGUAAAUUUGUACUAUGUAAACUAUGUUCUUUAAAAAAUAAAUAAUGUGAGAAUGUA